UCUCUCUCUAUCGUUACUCACUUUGACCCGCUUUUAGUGUAAAACCCCACAUUCUCUCUCUCUCAUCCCACUACUUCCUCAGACAUCACAUGCAAUUGCUACUUACAAAAGCAGGGAUUUUUUUUAAAAGAGGACUAGAAUAACUAGAAGUGUAAUACAAGCACUCGUUCUUUCACUCACGCAGAAAAAGAAGAUUGAAAACGCUGACUGUGACUCAUCGUCAGAACACCACGUUCAAAAAAAUUCCCUUUUCCCAUUGUCCUGUUUCUGCACACUGCAAAACAAAAACUCUUCUUAAAAAUCCUUUCUUUGUCUCCAACUCAAUUACCCCUUUACUCAACACUCCGUUUUUUCCCUCAGAAACUUUCCAACCUGUCGAAAUUUUCAAUUUUGGAUUUGUUUCAUCACUUCACGUGAUUUGAGUUUGCUCUAUGCUAUACAAGUUCACUUCUUCCCUGACCCUGCACCUUUUUUUUUCUUUUUAAUCCAUUUGUUUGUUGUUUCUAUUGUCCUUGAAAUACCAGAAACCCGUUUCGUCAAUGGGGAAAUUUUGAAGUUUUAUAUGUGCCUUGUGGAUUUUCAAUUGAUGGGUGAUGAAUAGAGUAUAAGAUUAUAGAUAUUUUUGUUUUGAACGUUGUUGACCAUUUUAGUGGCUGUGAUGGGUGGUGAUGGUAGAGUUGAAAUUGUGAGUGGUAAGGGGUGCUCGAGGCUGUUUUCAUCUUCGUUUCCUUCAUUCAGAGGUAUGCAACCGUUGGAGCCAAUGUCUCCUGUUUCUUCCUCUGUACAAGUGCCUUCAAGUGCUCCUUUUGCAGGUCUUAUUAUAUGUGUUACUGGUUUAUCUAAAGAAGCAAGGAAUCAGGUCAUGGAGGCUACUGAGCGAUUAGGAGGCCAGUAUAGCCCCAAUUUGCACCCUCAAUGUACCCAUUUGGUGGUUCAGAGCUUUGGUGGACGCAAAUUUGAUCAUGCACUGAAGCACGGAGCAAAAAUUGGUCUCUCUGUUGUCACACUGGGUUGGUUUGUGGACAGUGUCAGGAAAAAUGUGAGGUUGAGUGAAUCGCAUUAUAGUGUGAAGAGUUAUGGGGAUAAUAAUAUGCGCUUUGAUGAUUUGAAACUGCUUCCUGGGUAUACAGAUGCUGAUAAUUAUUGUCUUCCUUUGAGAAUCCAUGAAACCAAGCAUGCUAACAGUGUUGAAGAAUUUCAAAGAUUCUCUGGGAGAGAAUCCAACCAAAGUUUGGACUCAACUUUGUCUGGUUGCUCCAUCUACGUUGAUCCAGGAAUUUCAUCUGAAUUGAGGAACAAGGUUGUUGAGACUGCCUCAAGAGAAGGUGCUAGUUUGGUGGAACAAUGGUUUGUUGGCUGCAAUGUUAGUCAUAUAGUGACUGAAGGGACAUCCAUCCAAAGAUAUCUUGGAUACUCUAGUAACCUUGUUACACCACUGUGGAUUCUCAAAACAGCUAAGGAGAAAUAUGUGCAGAGGCUUGUUCACAUGUCUGCUGAUUUGGCAAGGCAAGUUAGCUUGACACUUGAAGACAUUCAUAAUGGCAUUUCAGGGAAGGAAGUAAUAGAGCGAAAAGUCCGUGAUGAUCUUCAGGGAAGUGAAAAUGAGCUUAGUCACAAAGAAAGGCUACAGAUUGUAAAUUCUGCAAAAAUUGGAGUAAGAAAUCGCCGUGGUCGUCGAAUGCAGACUUGUCAGACUCCGAUACGUCCUAUAACACCCAACAACCUUCUAGACUCAAUCUGCUGGACAGUGUCCGAGCCAUCUUCAACCGCUUCCAUUUACACAGACUCUUUCAGUGUUGAAGAUCCUAGUGAAAAUCCUACGUCAAUAUUUUUUGACACCAAAGGGGAUGGCAAGGAGUCAGAAGCUUCAUUCUCAAACUCCACUCGUCCUCUGACAGAAAGUGAGAAAUCCGAGCUUAUAUUUAAAAACCAUUUCCUCACCAUACUCUUCCCAAUAGACCGAUUUGCCGAGAUGGGUCCUUCAUCGAGAACGUAUUUUAGCCAUAACGGUUUUACGUGUCUUCAAGUCUUGGAUCAUAUCCAUGCAUUUUAUCAGGAGAACAUGUCAAGCCAGGAAAUAGAAGCUGCAAUUCAUAGUGAUUCAAGACACGCUGAUAGGCUUCGAUCAGUGUACUCAAGUAAGGAAACCGCAGAACGUGGCUUUGUGAUAUUCAAAAGGGUUGAAUUCUUGGGUAGUCGUACGAGUUUUGAAAUGUUGAAGCGUGUAAAUGGUGACAACUCCUCCAAUGUGUAUGAGCUAUUACUUAGGGCGUAAGGUACUUAAAUGAGCUGCAAGUAGUUAUAAUAAUGCUUAGUAGCUUGCAGCAUCUAAAUGUUACAAGCCUGUCAAUAUGACGAGACAUUGGAGAUAUGGAAAAAUAUAGUUGGUUAUUUAGCACUGAUUUCAUUAAUGUGUUGUGUUGUAGUUUUUAUUAUUUUUGUUCUAAGGUCCUUACUAAUAUAGGAUAUGAUUUUGUUGUUCUUUUAAAGACAGCUUUGCCAGAAUCACUGUAUUUUUAACUGUAAACAAACAAAAUUUC